AUGGCUCCCAAUACUACUACUCCCACUGAAACCAUCUCUGAACAAUUCCAAAAGCUUGAUUUGAAGGCAUUGGCUAGAGAAAAAGGUGCUUACCAAGUAUACCCCAAGAUUCAUUAUCCCCCUCUUGAGGCUUUUGAGCAUGAUGAUCCCGGAAAGCGUGCUGAUCCCAAGAAGGCUUCUUUGUAUGACAAUGCUACAAAGAUUUUUGAUAUGACUCCUGUUCUUGGUACAACUAUUGAAGGUCUUCAAUUGUCUCAGUUGACUGAUCAGCAAAAGAGCGAUUUGGCUUUGCUUGCUGCGGAAAGAGGCGUUGUAUUCUUUCCCAAUCAAGACAUCGAUCCUUACCAAGGCGUUGAAUUUGGCAAAUACUUUGGCCGUCUCCACAUCCACAACACCACAGGACACCCAGAGAAUUUGCCCGAAGUAACUAGUAUCUUCCAUGAUGAAACCAAUCCUCAGGUUGUAAAGUACCUUGAAGCUAGAUCUGCUGAUGAAGCUUGGCAUAGUGAUAUUACUUACGAAAACCAACCUGCAGGUUUGACAUUCCUUAAGAUCGAUACCUUGCCUCCUAUGGGCGGUGAUACCCUCUGGGCUUCUGCUUAUGAAGCCUAUGAUCGCUUAUCUCCAGCAAUGCAAAAGUUUGUUGAAGGCCUUGAAGCAGUACAUGAUGGCCAAAUCCAUCAAGAUAGGUCCAGACGCGCAGGCACCUUUAUUCGCCGUGAUUUCGUCGAAUCUAUUCAUCCAGUUGUUCGCACGCACCCUCUUACAGGCUGGAAAGGUCUCUUCGUUCAGCCAGGCUUCACCAAGCGCAUUGUAGGCCUUAGCAAUAAGGAGUCUAGACUCAUGCUCGACUUUUUGUUCAAGCAUGUCAGUGGUGGACACGAUUUCCAGCUUCGUUUCAAAUGGACUGAGGAUACCGUUGCUGUUUGGGAUAAUCGCGCAACUUUCCAUUGUGCUAUCUUUGAUUACUUCACUGCCAAGUUGGGCCGUCGCCAUGGCUGGAGAGUGACACCUACCGCAGAGAAACCUUACUUUGAUCCUAACAGUAAGUCCAGAAGACAAGAUCUUGCUGAGAAGGCUGCUUUGGCUACCUCCACAAAGGAGUAA